CAAGGUCCUAUUGUAUUCACUUUAACCAUUUUCUCUUUGUUUACGACGGUCUGAUAAUGGACGCUACAUUUAUCAAAUGAAAAUUUACCGCGAUCCAAUUGGACGCUACACUGUAGUAAACCCUAUCUCCACAUUUCCCAUUCUACCCGUUUCUCCACUGUAGCCGCCAAGAAGCACCAUUUCUGAAGCUGCGAGAGUGCUCCUUUAAUCUACACCGUGUCUCGCAACGCAAGUUUGUGAUCGCAGUGUGAUAGGACCCUGCUGACUGUGUUGCUGAAUCACAAAUGGAUAUUGGAGUGGUCCCACCUAAGGCCAUCAUUCAGAACGUAUAUUCUAGAAGGAAUAGGGUGAGGGAAUAUUAGUUACGUGACAUUGCGACACAGAGAAUGGAUCGUAGUUGGAUGUACGAUAGGUUCAAUCCUCAUAGAAGAGGCUUGAAAUUUGAGUUUAUUAACGGAGUUCAGGAGUUUAUUAAGAAGGCUAAGGAACAACCCUGCUUUUUGUCUGAGAGAAAGAUCAAGUGUCCAUGUGAAUCGUGCAAGUGUCUAAAGUCUUUCACUCCAAGAGAUGUGAAAGGUCAUUUGUACAAGAGUGGUUUUAAACCAAACUAUUCGAUCUGGACUGAGCACGGAGAACUAGAGCAAAAUAUUGGUCUAUUGAAUCAAUCAAAUAGUAGUGAACAUAUAGAGGAGAAGGAGGAGCUAGUGGAGGAGGAGGAUCCCAAAACUCCUAUUAUGGAGGAGUCGGAAGAGGAGGAUCCCGAAACUCCUUAUACAGAGGAGUCGGAAGAAGAGGAGAAUCCCCAAACUCCUCAAGAAAUGGAUUCAAACAAGCAGAAUGCUGAUGGGAAGGUUCUUAUACGACCUUGUGGACGAGGGUGGGCGCCUAGCUCGGCGCCUGCUGCUGCAAUUAAACACGCCAUCCAGUCACAUUUUCAGGGUCCUUUCCAUCGCUGGAAGGAGACUCCAGAGGAUGUAAGGGAAUAUUGGUGGAAGUUGUUUGGGGACAUGAUUGCUUGGGAUCCUCGUGAUCACAGGUUUAUCAAAAAGACAUUUCAAACGAGAGGCGCAAAGCGCCUUUCAGAUAUGCUCUCGAGAGUGAGGAAGAAGGGGAUGAGACCUCAUUGGAUAUGUGAAGAGGCUUGGAAGGGUCUUAUAACCCAUUGGGAGGGUGAAGCUUUUGUAAAGGUCUCUACCCAAAAUAAGACCAAUCGGGCUUCUGGUAAAGCUGCAGUCCACACCACAGGGCGCAAGUCUCAUGUUGAUGUGGCACUUAGUAUGGCUCGUGAACUCGGACGUUCUGUGGAUCCUGCCGAGCUCUUCAUGGCUACCCAUAAAAACAAGUCUGGCAAUUGGGUUGAUAAACGCUCGCAAGCGACAUAUGAACAUUAUCAUGAUCGUCUGAAGGAGGUACAAAAACAAAUUGGCGAGGCCUCCCAGAAUGGGGAGCAGGUUGUAGAUGAGGCGACAAAGCUUGAGCUGUGGAAAGAGGUUGCUGGGGAAAGACACGAGGUUCCUAUGGCACUGCUGAUUUUGCUUCAAAUUUUGGAUGUGGUGUAA